CCCCUCCCCCUCCCCCCCACCUCCCCUCUCGAAAGACAAACAUGUCGAUCCCCGUCUUCUGGUCCUCGGAGCAGGCCCUGCCCGAUGACACUGUCAUGGUCGGCGGAGCCGAGUUCUCCAAGAACACCGUGGUCAUGAUCUCGCGGCUGAAUGACGACCCGCCGCGGGCCUUCGAGAGCCUGGCCCAGCGUGUCCAUCGCCCGGCACAGGCCUCCUAUGUCGGCACCGCGCGCGAGAAGUCCCCCCGGCGGGUGACGGCCCUGUCGCAGAUUUUCGACCACUCGCCGGUGGCCGAGCAGCACCAGCACCACCAUGCCGGGCACCAGCAUGGCAACCCGCACGAGGAGUUCCUGUGCGCCAGCGACGCGGACCUCCGCCAGCUGAUGGUCAGCGAGAUGGCCGCCGAGGUCAUCCAGUUCACGUCGUCCUCUUUGAAGUUCGUCGUGCCGGCCUCCUUUGCCGAGGGUGUUUUUGCCUUCUACCUGGCGGACACCACGCGCAAUGCCCGGAGCGCCGUGCGGCUGAUCAACCGGCCGGUUGUUUGGUGGCUGCACAAGCGCGUGGCCCAGCCGGCCGGGUCUUUCCAGAUCUUCGGCAAGGCCCUGGCCCCGUACUCGGGCAUCGCCGCCCGGCGCGCGGCCGCCAGCACGGCCUCCCGGUCCGCGUCGCAGGAUGACGCCGGCGAGCGCUGGUACGAUGCCAGUGACGCGGCCGGUGUCGGGGCCGGGGCCCGGGCCCAUGCCGCCGGCCCGAAGGCCGGCGCCGGCGCCGGCGCCGGCGCGGUGGCCCGCAUCGCCGAACGCCUUGGCCAUUUGGAUCUGGGCCACCGGCAGCCGGCGGCCGCCGGCGGCGGGGGCGGCCGGGGGCUGCCCUCGACAUCGGGCACGGCAUCUCCGCCGGCGCUUCCGCCCCGGCGCCACCACUCCUUCGACGAGCAGCACCACGACGACGACGACUCCCCUGCUGCCACCACCGGCGGCGGCAACCUGGAGGAUGACGGCGACAUGCUGGCCGAGUCUUCGUCCGUGGAAUCCUUCGUGCAGCUGACCCCGCCCGGGUCGGCGCGCGAGGGGGCCGUGGUGUGGGGCCGCGAGGCGGCCGUGGGCCGUCAUUCCCAAGCCUCCGGCCUCUCUUCGUCCUCCUCCUCCUCGGGCAGCGUCGAGGCCCAGGCCAACCAUGGCGUGCGCAUCCGCUUUGUGCGCAAGAACGACGGCCUGACCCGUGUCUUCGUCCUGCAGGAUGCCAGCAUCAACCAGUACUACCUGACGAUGCAGCUCCCGCGCGACAUGCAAACCGGCGAGUGGUAUGUCGACGUCCACAAUGGCUUUGGCGGUCCGACCACCUGGACCCCCUGCCCGGAUCUGCUGACCAUCGCCAAUUUGAAUGACAACUGGCCGACCAAGGUCUUCAAUGUCAAGGCCCUCGGUCUGGACAAGGCCCUGGCCGCGGCCAAGGACAAUGGCGGCGGCGUGGUGUACUUCCCCUCGGGCAAGUACUGGUUCUCUUCGCCGAUCACGGUUCCCCCCCGGACGACCCUCCUGGGCGAGGGGAUGGACACGGUGUCGCUGAAUUACAGCAAUGCCAACAACCCGAACAACAGCUACCUGAUCACCGGCACGUCCAUGCGCGUGGAGCACUUGACCAUCUACUGCAUGUCGCCGUAUGUCAAUGUGUUCCUCUGCCCGCGCGGGUCUUCCGACUGCCGGUUCCUCAGCGUGCGCUUCCGGUCCAACUGCUACAUGAAGAUGUUCACCGGCGACCCGAGCGACCGGACGCAGCAUCUCCGCAGCCGGUCGGUCUUCAACAUGAUGACCGACAACUUCGAGAUCCGGGACUGCGACAUCUACUGCAACAACUUCUGCCUCUUCCUGGAGGGUGCCAGUGACGGUGAGAUUGUCAACAACAAGUUCUACUUCGGCGGCCAGGGAUACAGCCUCAAUGCCUGCGACCGGCUGUCCAUCAUCGGGAAUUCCUUCAUCGGCAACACCUUCGAUGCUGUGGGCAAUGGCAUUAGCAGCAACUCCUACAACAUGAACAAGAAGUACUCCGAGCGCAUCUUCUACUUCGACAACUUCCACCAGCAUGUGUACGGCAACAACCGCGAGAUCAUGACCCUGGAUGGGGCCGGCGGGUGCUACUAUGGCGGGGUGUCGGCCGUCCGGGGCAACACCGUCACCAUCAGCGGCAACCCCAACUACAAGCCGGACACCAUGCCGGACACCAUCAAGCGCGACUGGCGCAACGGCAUGAUGGCCAUCAUCAAGGGCAAGGGCGCCGGCCAAUACCGGCGCAUUGUGUCCAGCACCGACAAGGAGUGGGUCUUGGAUGAGCCCUUCGUCGUGACCCCGGACUCCAGCAGUGUCAUCACCAUCACCUACUACCGCGGGCACUACCUCUUCCUGGGCAAUGUCUGGGAGGAUGGCGGCCCGGUGCAGCUGUACGGCUGCGCCAUGGAGUGCGUGGUGGCCGAGAAUGUGGGCCGGCGCAUGGGCGGCUUUGCCAACUGGUCGCUGGACCCGCAUAACAUGGGCCUGCAGCCGUCCUUCAACAAUGUCUUCAGCGAGAACCUCGUGGAGGAGGGCCUCGGCUUCGGGACCGACUACUCGGUCUUCUGGUGCACGGGCUUCCACGCGGUCCCGGAUGAGCACAUCACCCGGUUCAUCGAGUGGCGCCGCAACCACUCCCUCAACAACGCCUACUUCCGGAGCACCAAGAACAUGACCGACUGUGUCUUCGAGAAGAACGACUUCCGCAACGCCGACCUCUUCAUGAACACCAAGGAGAUCACCAGCAAGGAUUGCGUCCUGCGCAAGAACAAGCUGACCAACAUCCCGCGUCUGAUCGACGGCCCGGGGGCCACCCUGUGGAAGAUCAUCAUCUAAGCGGGUGCGGGAGGAGGGGGGGGGGCCGGAGCGCCAUGCCAAUGCGCGGCAUUCUGUGUGCGUGUGCAUGUGCUGCUCUCUCCCCCCUCUUCCGGCCUCGCCCCGCGUGUGUCUCCCGGGGGCCUUCUUCUCCUUCGGGGGCGAAAAGGGCACACGAGCAUAUCUAUCCUCCCUGCACACUUCCUCUUUGCUCUCCUCCCCCCCCCCCUCUUUUUGUACCAUAUAGUCUCCCCUCUUCUUGCGCGCGCGCGCAUCCCCCAUUCCCAGGCCAAAAAGACAAAAAAUAUAUCCCUCUUUUUCUCUCCCCCACGGAGCAUCCCA